GCGUGCGCGCCGUGAAAGUGUCUCGCGUGGCAUGCGUUCAGUGUCGGCGACUACGGGGCCUGGCGCCUCCCUCGCCCCACCUGCUACCCUACACGUGCUCGGAGCCAGGAGACAGAAGACCGAUCUCCAUGUCGCCGAACCAACGACAACACGAUCGUCCAGCCCUGCACCCAGCUUACGAAGUCAAAGAGCUAAACAGUACAGAGCCAGCUUGCCUGUACGCACGGCUCGACUUCUUCAGCGAUCACGCACACAGACUCCGUCUGACGCAGCGAGUGAUGGAACCGCAUCGCCCGCGCCCGCACCAGCUACGCUACUCCAAGAUGUGGUGGACAUCAAAACGCUGCUGCUACAACUCAAGCGGGUCUUACAGGAGCCCGGGGAGGAGCAUCAUUCGAUGAGUAGUGAAACUCUCGACCCGUUGCUAGCGGCGUGCGCGGAGAGCCCCGCGCGCGGCAACGGGCGCCGCCCCCCCGCCUCGCCGCUGCACCCCGACGCCUGCGCAGAAAUGCGUCGCCAGAUUCUAUAUCUGCAGGGGCAGCUAGAGGAACGUGACCGACUAGUGCGUGUGCUACAACAGCAGAUGCUGCGGAUGGCGGAGAGCCACGAGCCGCGUGUUGACGACACAUGCAACGUCGCCACGCAGACUGACAGGUUGCGGCCGCCGAUGAGCACUGCGCUAACGAGUUCUGAAAAUUCCGGAUUAGUGAGUUGGAAUGAACAAGCUGGCGUGAGGAAGCUGCCGACGUAUAGUGAAGCACAAAAGACUAAGAGACCCACCAACGGGCCAGUGAAAUGCCAGUGCGGUGCGAGGAAAGUGAACGAACAAACCGACGAAACGAGGACAGACAAACGGACAGACGUGCAUCUGAAGACUAACAGUAGAGUCGGAUCUAAAUACCUCCAAGCUUUGGCGAAUAGUGAUACGAACAGACGUUACAUCAAACGAGACUUAUCUGUGGGAGAGAAGACGGAGAGGAAGGUGUCGUUGUACAACAGUCGGUCCCGUUCUAUAGAGAACUUUCAUAACACAAACAAUCAUAUGUACGUGGAGACUGCAACCAGACACGCGAUAAUAGAAGAGAAUACGCUUCUGAAACAUCAUACGUCGUACGGCGAUUUGUAUAACGGCAGAAUCAGCAGUAAGGAGAGUGUGAACGGCAACAGGCACAGUCCCAGUCUGAACGGUCAAUCGACAGAUACAGAUUACAGUUCCGACGGUGGAUACAAAUCUUUGCCGUCAUCUAUCAAUUGCAACGGUUAUUCACCUAAAAAGGUAAGCGGAAUCCCUAGGAGGUCAAUAGAGCAGAAGUUCCUAUCUACCAAGCACGUCAAAGCGAGCGCUAUUUAACACGCCAACUUAUAAACGAUACUCACCUGGACUUAUUUGUGUAGUUCUUAUAUUUAUUUCGUUCAUUUCGAAAAUGAGAUUGGUUAGUCUUAUUUGCUUGUUGACAUACAAAAUGUUCAUGUAUUCGAACAAGCUAGUCAUCAUCGUAGAUUAUACAAAAAUACUGAUCGUUGACUUCAUGUUUACUUUAAUAUUGACGUGUAACUUAAAUUAUAUAUAAUUUAUAUUAUGUUGCACUAUAUUGUUCAGGUUAGUAUCGGUAAGCUUUCUUUGUAUCAAAAUGUGAUAUUUAUUUGGCCAACAAUACAUUUGCUAGAGUCACAUUUGAAGAAUUUGAAGCGAUGUUUGAUUUGUUUGUUUUUGUGACUGGUGUUAUGUUUAUCUGAGUCAAUAUUUCAAUAAAAAGCAUUUAAUUAAUAUCUUAUGAGAUUGAAAAUAUUUAAAAGUUAUAACUCGGAUUCCUCAAAUGUAACAUAUGUCUACGGGUAAUGUUUUGAAUGUUGCAUAUGAAUUGACGUUGUACUGACUCAUAUGAGGUAGCUUUCAAGUUUAUACUUUAAACCAUACGGUAUAGAGUACAAAAUUGAAUAUUUCAUAACGUUAUAAAUAUUGACAGGCUCCGACAUUUCUCUCUUCACAGUAAAAGUUAUCAAAAGAUGCUCCAAAAUUUAUUUUCAUUUGUAAACUAUUAAUGUGAAAUAUAUAAACAGAAUGUCGUUUUGUCUGUCCGAUAUUAUAAAGAGACAGUAUUAGCGUUGUCCCUUCCUUCCUUCCCAGUAUCACAUUGGCAACGCUUCGCAUUUAAUUCCACUCGAUUACUACAUAUAAGCUAAGUUUAUUUGAUGCCAAAUUAAUCGAAUAAUCGUCUCGUUAGUGAAAACAACUUUUCUUUUGACAUGAAACGUAAUGUGUAUACGAUUCUCAAUCAAACACUUCAUAUAUUCCCACUGAUUUCUCUAAAUGCUGUUUAAAUUUACGAUAUAGGUAAAUUUGUUUUUUUUUCUACUAAUACUAAUUUAACUUUAAAAUAUAAAAAAGUUAAAAAAUCAAACACCACCAUAAAAUUAAACAGUAGAUAGACAUCAUAAUUUCUUUUUCGCGAUGCAAUUACGGUGGUAGAAACGGGAUGGUGCUAUGCAGUGUUAGUAGUGUCUCACUUUAAUGUAGAACGUCACCGUUUCUUAAGUUUUGUUUAACUGCCAAUAGAUGGCCGUUUUUGUUUUAAACUAUCGAAUCAAUUAAUUUUAGAUAUCAAAACUAAGUAUUAUUCUUAUUUAUUUCUAAUAACACAGAUAAUAAUAAUAAUACUAUAUAAACUAAAGAGUAUUUCGCUGUCUCAAACCAUUAUUUAAUAUUAAUAAUUAAAGGAACCAGAAAACCAGAAUAUACCAAAUCCCUAAAUUAAUAUGUAGGUAUAUUACUAAUAAUGAAUAUGAAUUAUAUUAAAUAUUAACGCCAUCUAUCGACGGUGAAAACAAAUGAAACCGUAGCUUUCCACCUUUUUCUUGCCCUGUGCGGCAACUUGACAGCGGCGUUUGCAUCGCACUUAUUAUGUAAUAGUAACAUGUCCAGUGGGAAUAGAGGGGAUUUGCUUUGUGCAUUUUUUUUCUUUACUUUAUACAUUGUCCACGUUAAUAUGACUUUCCCGUGUUAGGGCCGACCGGGAACUUAGAAAUCCUUUUUUUAUAACGGGAUCUGUCAACGCGAAAAUUAAAAAACGUUGACACUUCUCCCAGUGAAGAUACUAGAUCUACUAAUAUUUCGUUUGCAAAUUUGUAUACAAACAAACGGACAUAAGUAAAAUUGUUAUUUUAGAUUUUCUAUGGUAGACAAACUAGUAGAUAAAGUUGUAAUAUGUGAUAAGAGUGGCUGUAAGAACUUGUAUUUACGUUUUAUUAAAUAUAUUUAACUUCUUUGUUGUUAACCACCAUAUGUAUUGGAUAUCGCAAAUCCCAUAUUAAUUUAGAAUUGUGUACAAUUAUUUAGAAACAGGUAUCAUAAUAGGUGUUUGUAAUAUAAUCGAAGCAUUUGUAAUUUUAAUGUUCCAAUUUUUUGCAUUUGUUCGAUAAUUAACACACAAUUCAAACUUAAUUAAAUCAUCAUUAAUCUUCCGCAAAGCUUAACUGAGUCCUAUAAUGAUACCUAAAUAUGUAAUUGUAAUAAAUCAUUAAUGAACUCCUGUGUACUUAUGGCUACUUGAUAUCUGUCUAUUCAUUACAUACUGCGCUUUCCUACUUUAGUUUUAAGUUUAAGCCCGUUAGAUUAAUUAAAUAUUAUAUUAAUUUAAACAUUAAAGUUGUUUCAAUAAAUAAUUUUAAUUUUGAAAAGCUCUAUUCAUUUUA